AUGGAAUAAGCAGAGAAAUAAAGGUAGAAAGAAGAAACCAGAUAAUUUUUACUUAAUUUUAAGAAUAGGACUAAUGAAUAUAGUGUAAAUGAUCAAUUAAAGGAAAGAUUAAUUAAUGAGGAGAACAAUAGACAAUGGGAAACAAAAGAGGCUAAAUGGAAGGCGGAAGAUGAUGCAAGAGUCAAAUUAAUGUAUGAAGUUUAUGCUCAAAGAGCAGAGAAUGUGGAAAUAAAAAAGAAAAUAAUUGAGGAUGAGAAGAAUGUUAAGUAAUUGGAUAAGAUGGAACUACAUCGUUAAAUGGAACUGUAUCAAAAGGAAUUAGAGGAAAAGUAAAGAUUAGAAUAGGAAAAAAUAAUGUAAACAAAACACAAUUUAAUAAAUUAAAUGGAUGAGAAGAAACAAAGAUAAUAAUUAUUAAGAGAUAAGAAACAACAGGAGGAAGGAGGCACUUCGAAAAUAAAAAGAGGAAUAUGA